AUGACUGGUGAAUCCGCCUUUGGCGGUUGUUCAAUAAUAUUUGAUGUUGAAGUUUCCAUUAAUUUUAAUUCCUCAACAACUUUAUCGUUGUUGUUAUUUUCAUUACUUUCCAGAAAUUCAUUCAUAAUUUCCUCAUCUUCUAAAGUUACGGGUUUGCCGCACACCUCAAUAUAUGCUUUUUCUCGGGCACGCUUUUCCUCACGUUGUUCUCGUGUUGCUGGUCGUUUGGGCAUUAAAUAUUUUAAAUCUGAAGAAAUUGAAUUGAUUAAUGAGUGAGAAAGUGGAUCGAAAAAUUCUAACGCGAAAGGAUUCAGAGAACAAUUCUGAGAAAAAUCGGCUCGAAAGCCCGCGAUGGCUGGACAAAAAAUCAUAGCUAACAUAA